GGGGUGUGCGAUGCAAGGUCUUGCACCGACAUGCGUCAUUCCCCUACUUCGGGCAAAGGCGCAGUCACGUGCUGCGGCCACCACGUGACGAGUUGAGGCGGGCGUGAUGGCGUCAUCGCGCGUUUUCGGGUCUCGGUGGAAGAACACGCGCGCGUACUGGCUGCCUGGUCCUGGCUGUUGGCUUUGACGGCCGCGUGCGAUGUAGUGAGCUCUCUUAGGGAGUGCUUCCUGCUGUAGACGACUUCUUCUGUGUACAGCUGGCCGAUUAGGAGUUAAUAAUAAAUGCCCCGUGAUGUGUGGAGAGAGGCUGUGAGUUGGAACUGGACCUUGGAAGAUAGGCAUGAGUUUUGCUUGUUUCCGCCUCUUUAUAGAGAGAACAGAAACUAGAGGACACAAAUGGAAGAAAAUAAAAAUAGCCUGCCCUCACCCAGAAAAGAACGCUGUUAAAAUCUUGGUGUCUGCUUGUCAUGUUUGUUUCAUUGUAUGCAGACUAGAAACAGGGAAUCUUUUAACUGAGCCAAUAGGCUACUUGGAAUCCUGUUUCUUGGCCAAGAAUGGUACUCCAAGGCAGCCAUCCAUUUGCAGCCAUUCACGGGCCUGCCUGAAGAUCAGAAAGAGUGUCUUCAACAAUCCUGAGCACUCCUUGAUGGGCCUAGAGCACUUUUCUCAUGUUUGGAUUUUGUUUGUUUUUCACAAAAAUGGUCACUUGAGCUGUAAGGCAAAAGUGCAGCCCCCACGGCUGAAUGGGGCGAAGACUGGGGUUUUCUCCACCAGGAGCCCGCAUCGUCCCAACGCGAUUGGACUGACGCUGGCCAAGCUGGACAAGGUGGAAGGUGGAGCUGUAUACCUUUCUGGAAUUGACAUGAUACAUGGCACACCGGUCCUAGACAUAAAGCCCUACAUAGCUGAUUAUGACUCGCCAGAAAAUUUGAUAGCACCUUUAGAGGACUGUGAGUCACAGAAUGACCAGCGUGCACCAGAGCCCACGUCCCAGGCUGGUGGCGAGACUGACAGCUGCACCAGGGGGCAGCUCCCAGCAUGCGAGGACCCGCGGCCCUGCCAGAGCACUGAGGAGAAACCCAAAUGUCCUGGCUAUAGGACAUCAGGAGCAAACCUCCUGGAACCCAGUGACCCAGCAAGGCACACGGACCUGGCAGGGAGCUUGGGGCUGGAGUCGGGGGGUGACCAGAGUGCGAGUGUGGCAGAGGCACAGAGUGGCUCCCGGGGCCUGAGGAAGGACUUCGCAGAGGACGGAGCAGAGCCAGGGCUAAGGAGAGCUGAAGGAGCUGCAUUCCUGCAGGGAGGCAGUGCGGAGGCACGGACCAGGGCUGCUUCCUGCCCAGCCGGGACUGCUGCUGGAGCCCCCCGCGGCAGCGUGGUCCCUGCCUGGGUGCGAGAGGCCCCCGCGGCCACUUUACACGUCCGGUUUACUCCUCACGCAGAGAAGGAUCUCGCGCAGCUCGGCUCAGGAGGCGAGCCAGGCGUUCUUGACUGUGUAGCUGAACUUGAUACUCCUAGAAGGUGCAAGGAAGGACUGAAUGGCUUGUGAUCAAUUAAUCUUUAAAAUAUGAAAGAGGAAAAAAGGAAGGGGGGCUCAGGAAAAGCAAAGGAGCGGGCCACAGGUCGGCAGCCCGAGACGGUCUCGGUGAAGGCCAGCUGUGCACCUUCUCCAGGCGAGUGGAGUUCAGCUGUGGAAAACCCGUCCUGACAAAUCCACGCAUGAAAGGGAGGCUGCCACCUGGUUGAGACAAUGCUCAAGUUCCUGAUGACAUUAACAAGCACAAGGAAGAAAGCCGACACUUACCCGUCCUUGGAGCGCGGAAAGGAGAAAGGUGCCUUCUACGUGAAAUACAGUGAUCCCAGAUAAAUAAGCAAGGGAGGAGAAUUUGACACAGUGGUUUGGACUCUGCUCGGGAUGCCUGCAUCCCAGAUUUGAGCUCUUGGUCCAAGUUCCGGCUCUGCUUCUAAUUGCAGCUUCCUGAUCAUGCACGCCUUGGGAGGAGUAGGUGGGGGCCCAAGUACUUGGGUCCUUGGCCACCUGGCUGUGGCCUGGCCCGGCCCUGAUUGUUGUGGGCGUUUGGGAGUGAACCAGUGGACAGAAGAUCUCUGCCUUUUCUUUCUCUCUGCCUUUCGAGUAAAUUUGAAAAUCAGAUAAUCGCCUCGUUAGGAUUUCCCUCUUUUUCUUUACUUCUCUGUUCGUGUCGGAAGUUCCCGAGGCAGCUGCCGCAGGUGCCGUGUGUCCCUGGUGAGAGCUGCAGAUCAUGCCGGUGAGGGAAGGCGAUGCCCGAACACGGGCCUGGAGGAGCUGCAGCUGCAGGUUAAGACCCCAUGGGAGUGCCAGUGGCCCAGCAGGGUGGUCCAUGUGCAAACUUGGGUCAGCUGGCAGUGAGCAGGAGCCGGGUGGGCAAGAGCAGGCCAAGCAGUCCCCAGGGACACGAAGAGACGGCUGAGGAAGAUGUCCUUGGGAGGUGUCAGGGUGCUGACUCGAGACCAGGGGGGCACAGAGGAUGCCCUCUUAAGAGCCCUUCCGAGCUCCUCGUCCCGUGGGACUGGCGGAAGGGCAUGGUGGGUCAGUGGCUGGCCUCUUCCAGUGGACACUGCAGGCAGACACUCGGGCACUGGGUGAGCGGAUGGCCACAGAUGCUCAAGUUCACGGGGAAAUGCUACACAGCUGUUGGGCCCACCAACCCCUCCACGGGGACCAUGGGAACAGUGCCCGCUGUGUGACCAGGAGGGUUGAGACCCUCUGUCUGUGUUGCUCUGCAG